AGCUGCGGGCGCCUGCGCGGCCGGAGGUGAGUGGAGGGCUCUGGUGCCGGGAUUUCCCCGGAGCUGGGGUUGUCUCUGACAGCCAGGUACGCGGAAGGGCGGGGAGACAUGGGGUCAGCCCCUCGCCCUCCCAAGGGCCCGAUGGACAAAAUGAAGGCUUGUCUCCAAAGCGGAGCCCCCAGUGGGGACGCCCCGGCUGACCCUCCAGGACAGAGUGUGACUUCCGUGUUCCGGACCUAAAGCCCGCGGCGGUCGGGCCAGGUGCCCCCCUCCUACCCCCUUUUUCAGGUUACGAACCUCCCGCCGCUGGGACUCCUUGGGUGAGGGUUUGACGGCCAGGCACCUGCUGCAGGCCCCGUGCGGUUGCUCUGCUCCUUGGAGUCGAGCGCGGACCCAGCGGGAGGGAAGCCCUGAGAGCUCUGUGGGCCGGUCACUACCUCCGGCCGCAGUUUUCUCACCUGUAAAAUGAUGGGGCUGGACUUGGAGUCUUAAGGUCCCUAAAUUACAGCCAUGUAACUGAGCCAACUCCUCCGCUUAUGGUGGAAAAAUUGGAGCCAGCAAGGGGAGGUGGCUUGUCCUGUGUUGCAGAGCGAAAACCUGACUUCCAAACCAACAGCUCUGCCCAGAGCGCUUUGCACCCAUAUGGAGUAUAUACUGUGUGUGCCAGGAGCACCCCUCUGUACAGCGGAGGCUGGUACCGGGAUCGGGGAGAGGUAGGUGGCAGGAACACCUGUAGCACAUUCGUUUUUCUAUCUUCAGGACCUGAUAAGCAUUCACAGGUCUAAAUAAGCUCUCACCUAACGCUUACGGAAGGAGAGCUCUGGCAGACUCAGCACCACUGUCCCUAAAAGGCUGAAAGGAAAACGCUUCAGUCCAGACCCUGAAUGGCUGAUCUCCACUUGGCACCACCUCUGCCUGUGGGUGUGAUGCUCCCGCAUAAUAAAACAAAAGCUCCCGGGCUCCACGCAAGUAAGCAAGAGCCCUAUGAAAAGGGUGACUCUCCCCAGCUGUCCUCAAUGGGGCACCUGAGGCAUCAUUCCCAGGAGAAGCUUUUGAGCAACCAAGAGCUGAUGCUGAAUCAUCCCUACCCUCACUCCAAACGGAACACCUGUGAGAGAGCUGGGAGCUGCUUCUGUCCCCACCGUGCUGGACUCAGCCAGCAAGAGCCAAAAAGCCACCUCCAGAGCCAAGCCAAGGAUUUGUUUUACUCAUCAGGCCCUCAGUCCCAGUACCCCAAAGCAAAUAACCAUGAAUUCAUCCCCUUUACAAAGAAGCGAGUUGGAGUGGACCGGGCAUACCCGCUGAAACCUGUGUUCCACAGGAAGUCUCAUAGUACAGGUGAGACUGGCAUGGAUGGGGACCAAGACGUCUCUCCAAGACCCCCUGAGCCAAGGGAGUUGUCAUACAGCGGCUUUGGUUUGAGGAACUGGGCCGGCUCAUCUGUGGUUGGUACUGCUGCUGCCAGGCAGGGGGAGAGGACCCUGGCAAACCCCACCCGGACCGAGUGGCUGCAGAUCCAAAGACUAGAAGCUGCAGGGGAGAAUUUAGAGGAGGAAAUUCGAAGAAAAGAGGCCCUCCUACGGGAAAAGCUGAAGAAGACAGAAGAAGAACUCAGGAGGAUCCAGAAGGAGAAAGAACAGGCUGAGGAAAAUGAAAAAAGAGAGUUACAGAGACUGACACUCCCCAGGAGGAGACUUCCAGGUAAUAGCAACACCACUUACAGACCCGUCUUCUCCCCAGACUCUGGCUCUAAGGGGGUCUUCAGUGGAGAGGAGGAAACUGGGGGAGGGUCUCAAGAAAAUUGUAGUCCAUUCCAGUUCUCUGGUUAUGGGAUGCAGAAGCUCAAAAGGGAAAGACUAGUGGCAAACAACAACAAAAUCCGAGACCACGCCUCGGGGCAGGUGAAGGAGAAGUGUCCUCAGCCUACAGAAGGGCCAGGCAGCACUUUGCCAAGGUCCGCCAGCAAUUCUAACUGGUCUAGGGCACCACACUCCUCAGGUUCCAGCUGUUCCACCGAAGAGCCAGAACUGGGCAAAUGCAGCCACUGUGGACGCAACUUUCUCUUGCUCAGGCUGGAGAGACACUCCACCGUCUGCAGCAGGACGCAGGGCUCCAAGAGGAAAGUGUUUGACUCCUCCCGGGCCCGGGCCAAGGGCACAGAACUAGAGCAGUACUUGAACUGGAAGGGACCAGCCUCAGUCAAGGCUGAAGCUCCACGGAAGAGCAACUGGAGACAGAAGCAUGAAUCCUUCAUCCGUACCCUCCGCCAGGCUCGAGAGGUCCAGCGGGUGAUUGCCAGAGGUGGAAACCCCUCAGACUUGCCUCCCAUCCCACCUGCAGAAAAUCCAGACUAUAUUCAGUGUCCUCACUGUAGCCGUCACUUUGCUCCCAAGGUGGCUGAGCGGCACAUUCCCAAGUGCAAGACCAUCAAGAACCGUCCUCUGCCUCCAAGGAAGCAUUCCAGUUGAGCAGACAACAGCGGAAACCUCCUCAGUCGUUCCAGGAAGCUCGGCUUCUCUUGAGCAGUAGGUAGGAGUAGAAUGAUUUGAUGCAAAGCAGGAAGAACUAGAUUUUAUACAUCUCCCAGAUCAGCCUGCAGAGCUGAAAUCAGGGAGGAGAAACCCAUUGCUAGCAGCAGGAGGCAGAAGGAAGUCUCAGCCUCCCACCUCAGGCUGGUGUGCCUGUUACUGCCCUAAGAACUGAUGGGUGAAGACAGUUAAGAGUGGCGAGCAGGCCACAUUAAAGCUGUCUUCUCACGAGCUGGCUUGUGGUUUGUGCUAGCUAAGUGCCUGCAUCUGCUUGGCCUUCUUGCCACUGCCUCUGCAUGUUUGUCUGUGGCUCCUGUUAACUCUUCUCAUUCUUGCGAGAAGUUGGCUCAUUCAGAUGAGUUGGUGUCAGAGGACCUAGGUCACCCAGAUGAUAUCUCAUAAAAGAUAAUACGAUUUUGUUGUAAGGCAAAUGGAAGUCUGUCCGUGACCUCCCUGGUGCAUGGUCCUGGCUAAAAACCAAUACAAGUAUGUAAGGUUAAGGUGCCAAUACAUCC